AACCAGCGCGGCUGGGGUGAUGUCAGGCCCUCUGGGCGGGGCGAGUCCCUCUCGGAGCCUCCCCGGCCGCGCCGCCCGCUUGUUUGCUGAAGCGCGCUGGCUGCCCGCACCUGUCCCCUCCCCGGCUGGCUUUGCGACCAGGCGGGCGCUGGUCUGUCCUCUCCAGCGCGCACAGCAACGAGGCGCUCCCUUCGCUUCCCUCGGCAGCUCCGGUGGUGGCGGCGCCGCUUCGGAGGAGGAGGACGAGAACUCCGGCUUGGUCCCGGCUGCGAGCGGAAUUCAGUGUCAUCCUGGGAUCAUCUUAAAAUACACUACUAGAGAAAAACUGCUGAUUCUACAAAGUUCUUAAUCUCUGCUUUUUGGAAGGGAACAAACAAUCUAAUAGCAACUUAAGACCAAAGAAACACUUGGGGCGUUCUUUCUCUCACUCGCUGUUGAAAACAUGCUGUGACGGGACUCCUUUUUGGAAAGAGCACACUCCUUUGGGUGGGAUGCCGAGGAACAUGAUGUCAGACUUCUCAGGAAUGAUGUGCGAGAUUCCUCCUAAGUGUCCAUUUGGUAGCUUUGGGGAAAACAGCCAUCUGGACGGUGGGAAAUGUCACCCCAGGCGCAGGAGUUCUACUCUGGAUGAUGACGAGACCCUGAAAUAUCUAACACACGAGGAAAAAGAUGUCCUCCUCUUCUUUGAAGAAACCAUUGAUGCCCUGGAAGAUGACCUGGAGGAACAAGCUCUCCCUGAUAGUGGCAUCCACUGCCACUCUCCGAGGUCAAUGGAAGAAAACCUGUCCAGCCAUUCAGAGUCUGAAGAUAUCAUAGACUUGGUGCAAUCAAUGGCCGAGAACAACGAUCAAGAAUGUUUUCCUAGCAGACACUCAGAACCAGCACUAGAAGAGGCUUGGAAACUGGAUAAACCAAAGCCAGAAUGUAUUGAGCCACCCGAUGAAGACAUUCACGCUGAUGCUGUAGCUUCCCAUCCAGUGGUACCAUCCGCACCUCCACUGCUGAUCUAUGAAGUUUUUCCUCCUCCACCCCCAGUGCAGCACCCCAAACUCCUUCGUUCGAUCCCCACCCCACUUGUCAUUGCACAGAAAAUAUCUGAGAAGCAGGCAGAGGGCAGCCCUUGCUCUCCUGCUUCACCAAAGGAAGGGAAGUCUGCAGAGAGGAGGAGAGCACUCUCCUCUUCGCCUUUGCACAAUGGAGAGCGUUUUGUGGCCUUCAAGCAGAUUGUGCCACCACCGACCGCACCCAAGCCCCCAAAGUUUCCAAGCAACAUUAGCAUCACCAACGCUGGGGAAAGAGAGUUCAACAAAACCAUCUCCAAGGCAGCUGUCAACGUCCAAGAACGCAAGGCUCAGGUGUUGGCCAACGUCAACGGGUUGGCCAAUGGCUCGGCCUUCCUAAUAAGUGAGGUGGAUGAUAGGCUCCGGAAGCCUGAACUCUCGGAUCGCAAUAGAAGCUCGUCAUUGAGAGACUUGACUUCAGAGCAAGCCAAGAAUGAGGCCUUGGGCAAGCUAAGCUUGGUGGAAGAGUCUCUUGAUCAGGCCCAACGGGACCGUUCUCUGCACACACCCAUAUUGAAGGAUCAAAGGUCAGAAGAAGUGCAGGCCAUUCCGAAUGGCUAUAGAAACAUCCAUGACGUCUUAAAAGGAGAACCCAGCCCAUUCCCAAGUGUGAGCAAAACGGUGACAUUCAAAGUGGAUGCCGAUCUUGUAGAUGCUAAACCUGCUCGCCAGAACACUGCCAAGAGCUUUUAUGACCACAGACAGCCAGACUUCACCCUGGAAAUGAGGAGGAGGUCUGGCUCACUGCCCAGACCCUCAGGACUGAGACCCCAAGGCAUAACAGUACAGUUCUCUGGCCGGGGCUCAACAGAAGAAGCCCGGAGGGAGGCGCUGCGGAAACUUGGACUGCUCAAAGAGUAGUUGAUGGGCAGUGACGGAAGGGCUGGACCCGAUGCUCCCACAGACUGUUUCCAUUGAGAGCAAAGGGGAAUUUCUCUCACUCGAAGACCAACAGGAAAUGCUAAAUAUCCAAAUGCCACAGGGACUUGGGCUCGAGCUCUUAUUGUGGAGUUGCUUUUGAAUAAUGCUCUACGAUACGGCUUUUCGAGCCCUCCUGUGGAUUUCAGACAGACACCGAGACCUGGCUGCAACGGAGGGCAUCAUACUAAUGAAGUUUAAUUGUGCAGUAUUUGUGUGUUUAUGUAGCUGGCAAAUACGUCUGAGUGCAAUGGAUUUUCCUUGGACUCCUAGAGUAGUGAAGCCAAAAGCAGGAAGAAAAAUGGUACUAAUUAUAUGGGGAUACAUAUAUACUGGAGAGGUCAAACUAUACAAUAAAGCUGCUAUCUCCAAAUAUUACAAAUGAUUUUUAUAAAUUCUGCUAUUACUCGCACCCCCCCCCCGGCCUCCACAAAGACACUGUCCUAUAUACCCUUUUCCUUCUUUAGGCCAGUGCUAAUUGGCAGCAGGCUUGCCCAUCACUUCAUGGUGUAUAAUAAUUCCUAAGAAUUGCUGAUGACCAGUUGCCACACUCCUUUUUUUAAUUUGUCUGGGGCUGGGGAGCGAGAGACUGCUCUUCCUAUUAAUUUUGCUGGAUUGCAGAAUAAGGUAGCUGACAUCCAUACUAACAUGUUGUGCACGGAACAACAUUUUGAGCAUGCAACAGGGGAGGAGUGGCUUUUGCCAAUUCUCUCCCUUCUGUGCCUCCCAGAAAUAUAUCCCUGAGGGUUUGGGGACCUUCAAGGAUAUAUUUCCAGGAGGCUGCAGAAGGAAAGGGGGAGCAGCAAAAAUUUCUCCGUGCACAUUAGUUUGGAUGCCAGCCACUACUAGGGGCUCUGUUUUGCAUGAAUCUGAGUAGAGAAGAAUUUUCUACUGAGUCCAGCCCUAAAUGCUCAGUACUGUCUGUUCUGACAGGCAGUGGCACUCCAGGGUUUCAGAUAGUUGUUUUGCCUGCCCCUACCUGGAGAUGCUGCCAGGGAUUGAACCUGCAGCCCCUCUGGGGGGAGCAAUUUUGCUCAUUCAGUGCACAGAGAGGAAAUCGGGGAGUGAAUCUUUGUCCAAUAUAGCUUUCACCUCCCUGCAUUGAUGCCAAGUGCACUGCAUCAGGUCUAGAACAUUCUUUUCCAGCCUGAUCUCUUAGGGCAUUUGCUAUCCCAGUCCCCUUCCCAUACCUGCGUACAGGCUACUGUUGCAGAAGCAGAAAUUGAGCUGUGCAUUGGGAAGAAAGCUGUGGAGCCAUGGACGCCGAAUGCUUCCAAGGAAGGUUUAGGAAAUGAAUAUUCUGGAAGCUUUGCAAUAUGCCUAGCAGAGUGAGGUCUGAGGCCACAGGAAGGGUGAAGAGACGGUUCACUAGAUUCCCGCUGAGUUGCUCCAUCGCCUGUCCCCAGACCCUUAAUCCCGUCAAUGGGAUGAAGGGUUUGAAAGCCUUUGAGAGUGGGACUACAGUUGGGAAACUAGUGUGUGUCUCAGUAAAGUGAAGGUACUGAGGUGUGGUGCGUGGAAAUAUGAACUCGCUCCCAACUGUAGACUUCCAGACAUGGAUCGGCAAAAGGAGUCUCCUCUCUGCCCUGGGCAUUACAGGGAGCUGCCUUUUAGACCCAGUCAGAGUCGCUCAUUAUUGUCUGCUCUGACUGGCAGCAGUUCUUCAGGAUACACACAGCAGGCUCUACUGUGAGUUUACUGGGUGGCUUUACUGCAAACUCAAAGUUGUCCCCAAAAACCGAUGCAAAUAGUGGAUUUUUAAAAUCCCAGUUAUACUGAAUUGUGUGUGAACUGCUUUCUGAUAACUCGCAUGGACUUCAGGGUAGAUCUGGCUGAUAUGUGAGCACACCCCCUCCAUUCCGGAAGUUAAAGGGCUUUAAAGUCCCCUUAUGAAAAACCUCCUGGAGAUGCUGCCAGGGAUUGAACCUGGGACCUUUUGCAUGCAAAGCAGAUGCUCUACCACUGAGCUACAGCCUCAUUUGUGCAGCCCUAAUGAUGACUUCCUCUAUAAAUGGGGUCAUGGUGGGGGACACACACACCUCAAUACCCUCAGCAGGUGAGGUCACGACUGAGUGUUUUUUGGGGUGAUCUUAAAAUUCAAGUAUGAGAAAUCAGCAUUGGAAAUGAGAACCUAACACAAUUGCUUUGUAGCAUAUGAAGCAGAUCCUUCCGAGCUUUUCCCAAAAGAACCGUGGGUGAUCAGUACUCUGAAUGGGCACACUCUUUGCCUGCAAACCACACAUCCGGGUGACAUUUGCCGCUAGUCCAGGGUCGGAUCAACCCAGGAAGCACAGCUGCUGUCUUGCCAAAACAAACCUUGUAGCUCUUACAAAAGGAAGUCCAUCCUCUGUUGCACUUCCUGGUCCAUGCUGCUUUCACUACAGGGAGUAAUGUUGAGAGGAACCCUUAAUAUUGUUCCCUGUCCAUCAAAAGUCACCUUUCUGAAAUCCAGCCAAAUGCUCUUUGGAAACAGACUUGCAUAUCAAUUGGCAUGAUUAAAUUUGUCUAGAUUAGCAGAAACCAUAGGAACCAAUUCCCUCUCACUGCUGGGGACCUUAUGUUGUGUGUUGCCUUUUUAAAGCAUUAAGUGCAGCAUGAAUGGUUUUAAAGCAAGCGCUCCUCCACUGAACAUCUGUGUCUUAAUACAGUUUGAUUUGUGUGUGAGCCGAGAUCCUGGAAAGAACCUGUUCAAUCCCGUACGUACAAAGUUCUAUAUUGAAGGUGGGAUCUCUCCAAGGCCUGCUCCCCGAGAGUGGUGUAACAAAGAUGUUGGCGAUUGAACCUGGCACAUCCUGCAUGCAAAGCGCAUGUUGAGAGGAGAGCUGGUCUGGUGUUUGCCAGCAUGACUGGUCCCCUUAGCUAAGCAGGGUCCACCCUGGCUGCAUAAGAAUGGGAGACUAGAAGUGUGAGCCCUGUAAGAUAUUCCCCUCAGGGGAUGGAGCCGCUCUGGGAAGAGCAUCUAGGUUCCAAGUUCCCUCCCUGGCAUCUCCAGAUAGGGCUGAGAGAGACUCCUGCCUGCAACCUUGGAGAAGCUGCUGCCCGUCUGUGUAGACAAUAUUGAGCUAGAUAGGCCAAUGGUCUGACUCAGUAGACAGCAGCUUCCUAUGUUCCUAUGCUCUCUAGCCCCUUCCCAGUAAGUACACUGGCUAGGAAGGCAGAAGUGCCAUCGCAUGAGACACUGAACUGCUAGCAUGUGCUUCUUGUGUGCCCCACAUUGUCACAUAAACUGACUGUUGUUUCUUUAAUAUCCAACUGAUGUCUACCCAAGAUGGCUGUGUACCUGCUCUGCUAGCUGCAUGUAUGCAAAAUAAGCAUCUUUUCCCAAAGCCAACAUCCAAGCAUUUUAAACAGAAGUGUGUGUGUUUCUGGCAAAAUGCUCACAGAUGUCUGAAGCUACAGUAGGUGUCCCAGUUACAGAUGUUCUUUUAGAACUGUAGAUGGAAAGAAACGCGUUGGGAAACGGUCCAUACAAACCAUUCCCUUUUAAUGCAACUUCCCUUGCCCCUCAUUCAAUCAAUUCACCCAGCAUUCCAUACAGCACUUGGAACAUCAAAGAUAGAAACACCUUGAAUCAUCCAGGUGUGUUUGGGAAACGAGAAACUCGUUCAGACUAUUCAGGGCUGACACUUGCACCUCCUUUAGCCAAACUGGAGCCACAGCAGACCCUUAAGGGGAGAGAUCCUUAAGGGUAUUAGGGCUGUGGCUGAUGGGAGCUAUAAUUCUGCAACAUCUGGGGACCCAGGUUAGGGUCAGGGGUCAAAUCUAUUAAACAGGCAUAAACCCAUUUAGCAAUUGUUUGCUCUUCUUAGGAAGCCUUGGGAAUGGUUCUGUGGAAGUUAUGAAAUAGAGUGCAGAGCUCUCUAACGAACUUCUCAGCCUCUUCAUUACACUACAAUUCCUAGGAUUCUUUGAGGGGAAACUAUGGCAUUACACCGGUACAAAAUUAAUAUGGCUUUGCAGUGUAGAUACUGUAUGUCCAUCAGCUGUCACGCGAGGAUGUUUGGGCAGGACUUCAGAGCAAAAGAAAUCCAUAAGUUCUGAUUCAAAACAGUCUGCAAACGAGGGAGAGUGACUUGAAGUAACAUGGACUCGCGUUUCUAUACUGAAAGCUUCAGUUGCCACUGUGAAUUGUCAUCUCUUUCCUCUUCGAUGCAUUCAUUGUUCAAGCCUUUGCAGAUAGACCUUACAAGUGAAGCUGUUGUGAAGGAACUUCUUAUCUCAUGGUUGUUAACUCGUCUUGUAAAUUGUUUUAAAAUGGUAUUUAAUCUUGUUACCUCUUUAAAAUGGAGUAUUCUUGGUCUUAUUUACAUGAAGGGAUCCUUUCAGAGUGUUAAGAAUUAUUCUUAUGUUUAUUAUUACCGCACUUCUCCAUGUUAUGACCUGAGAUGCUGUUACAUCCACCAAUUGAAAUAAAUGUGUCCUCUUUUA